AUGCUUUUGUCUGUCUUCCUUGUGGACCUGCAGGUGAUGUUGGUGACUGAGAUGGCAUCUUCUCUAAAGGUUCUGGGUCCUGUCUUGGUCUUACUGUGCCCCCUAUGGGGCCAGAUCAUAAAUGGCCAGAACCUCUCCCGGAAAGAGUUCAUGAAACAGCACCACCUGAGAACGACCCUGGAAUUCAGCCAGUACAAAUGUGAUGUCCUCAUGAGGGAAAUAGAGGCUCUGAAAGACAAGGACUCUCACAUCUUCCUUUAUGCCUCAUGGCACCAAAUUGAGAUUGUGUGUUUUAAGACUUGGCAACAGCGGUACAGAAAUGUGUAUGUAUGGUCCCAGCAACCCUUCAAAGUACUUGAAUGUAAGAAAAAUAAGUUCACGUAUAACUACAAAGAGAAAAGAAGCUACAGUUACAUUGAAUUCCACUGUAGUAUGAAGGCAUAUGUUGAUAGUAUAGAGGAUAUGAGGGUGCUAGAGUUUAUCCAUAUCUAG